GUGGUUUGCUCCACACAUCAGCAAGUAGUUCAUUGUCCAAGUGACUAAGCGAGCAGUGGGCUACACUGAUCGAAAGAUAUACCGUACGUGAGUUAUGGGGAAGCAAGUCACCGCCCUGAAUGGGCUCCUUGUUGCAAUGGCAUUGCUCUGUCUCUCGUGUGACGCGCUUGCACAGACACAGAUCCUCUUCCAGGGGUUUAAUUGGGAGUCGUGCAACAAGCAGGGGGGCUGGUACAACAUGCUCAAGGGCCGGGUGGGCAGCAUCGCCAGCUCCGGGGUCACACACGUCUGGCUGCCCCCACCCUCGCACUCUGUUUCGCCUCAAGGCUACAUGCCGGGCCGGCUCUACGACGUGGACGCGUCCAAGUACGGCACGAAAGCGGAGCUCAAGUCGCUGAUCGCCGCCUUCCACGGCAAGGGCGUCAAAUGCGUCGCCGACAUCGUCAUCAACCACCGCACCGCCGAGGAGAAGGACGGCCGCGGCGUGUACUGCAUCUUCAAGGGCGGAGGAGGGCCCGAGGGCCAGCUGGACUGGGGGCCCGGCAUGAUCUGCAGCGACGACGCCAAGUACUCGGACGGCACGGGCCACCGCGACACGGGCGCCGACUUCGCCGCCGCCCCCGACAUCGACCACCUCAACCCACGUGUCCAGCGGGAGCUCUCCGCCUGGCUCGGCUGGCUCAAGUCCGACCUCGGCUUCGACGGCUGGCGCCUCGACUUCGCCAAGGGCUACUCGGCGGAGGUCGCCAAGGUGUACGCCGGCAACGCGAGCCCCGGGUUCGUCGUCGCGGAGAUAUGGAACUCACUGAGCUACGACGGCGACGGGAAGCCCGCGACUAACCAGGACGGCGAGCGGCAGGAGCUGGUGAACUGGGCGAAGGCGGUGGGCGGCCCGGCGAUGGCGUUCGACUUCACGACCAAGGGCAUCCUGCAGGCGGCGGUGCAGGGCGAGCUGUGGCGGAUGCGGGGCAAGGACGGCAAGGCUCCCGGGAUGAUCGGGCUGUCGCCGGAGAAGGCCGUCACGUUCGUGGAUAACCACGAUACGGGCUCCACGCAGAAGAUGUGGCCGUUCCCGGCCGACAAGGUCAUGAUGGGCUACGCGUACAUCCUCACCCACCCUGGGCUUCCAUGCAUCUUCUACGAUCACGUGUUCGACUGGAACCUGAAGAAAGAGAUCGACACGCUGGCGGCGGUGAGGAGUCGCAACGGGAUCAACGCGGGUAGUAAGCUGCGCAUCCUGGCGGCCGAGAGCGACGUCUACGUGGCGAUGGUCGACGAGAAAGUUAUCUCCAAGAUUGGACCGAGGUUCGACGCCGGUAACCUGAUCCCGUCGGACUUCCACGUGGUGGCUCACGGCAGUAACUACUGCGUCUGGGAGAAGAGCGGCCUUCGAGUCCCAGCCGGACGGCGCUAGCUAGGCACCGCCCGCGCGCCAGGCCACUGUGCACGAAAUGUUCAAUAAACUUUGGCAGAAAUAUAUAGUUACUGGCUUAA